AUGACGGCAGUCGAGGAACAAUUCAAAGUGCUCGUGCACCCCUACCGCUCUCCCACCCGAGGCACUUGUGCCUAUGAGAUGGGAAACACAUCCUCACGCAACGCCGUCAUCUUCAUCGGCGGCCUCUCAGAUGGCCCUCAUACGACGUCAUAUAUCCGCACUGUGGCGCGACAGCUGGAGACGGCCAUGGAGCUCAGCUACUCAGUUUUUGAGAUCCGCAUGAGGAGCAGCUUUGUUGGUUAUGGAACGGCCAGCCUGAAGAGCGACGUCGACGACAUAUCCGCCCUCGUCAAGUAUCUCCGCGCAUUGGGGAGGGACAAAAUUGUGCUGUUUGGCCAUUCGACCGGCUGUCAAGACUGCAUGGAAUACACGCAUUACGCCAAGCAUAACUGCUCCCCAGUGGACGGCUUCGUCCUGCAGGCACCAGUGUCGGACCGGGAGUCUCUCGAGCUUACCUGGCCCGACCACAAGGCGAGCCUCGACCUUGCCGCCGAAUGGAUCGCUCAAGGAAAGGCGGACGACUGUCUCCCGAACGAGCUGGUUCCUGAUGCGUUUGGCGUGCCCAUGUCGGCCUACAGGAUGCACUCGCUCUUUGCAAAGGGGGGCGAUGACGACUACUUCUCCUCCGACCUGGACGAUGAGACGGUGGCCCGGGUGUGGGGCCGGUUCAAGAAGCCGGUGCUGGUGUUGCACUCGGAGAUGGAUGAGUUCGUGCCAGACAAUGUCGACCAGGCGGCGCUGAACAAGAAGUACCGCGACGCGAACCCUGUUGUGAGUCCACUGUCCGGGUUGAUUCCGGGAGCAGGGCACACGGUCACGGGGGAGGAAGCUCGGGAAUGGGUAGCCGGGCGAGUUGCCGAGUUUCUGCGCACGUUGAAGGCAUGA